AUGAUCAAAGAUUAUGACAUGAGUAAGACAAGUUCCAACAAUAAUAGUUUUGUGGAUCCCAUAGCAUAUGAGGGAACUGAGCGUAAUCAAAUUUUACAGGAGCAAGCAGAAGUCAAAAAACGGUUUAAUGUUUUUGAUGGCGAAGUAGAAAGUCAUCGCAAGGAAGAAGAAGAGAAUAUUAGUAAGAAACAGUCGAUAUGGAGAGCUAUACUACAGAUUUUACGUCCAGGCCACAUACUAAAUCAUCUAGAUUAUGCUUCUUUCAAAAUUGCGUUUAGGACGUGGGUACAGAUUUGGAGUACAGUAAUACUAGUAAUAAUUCCGAAAACAGUCACCUGGAUAGGAUUUGCGCCUUAUUUAAUGCAAAUUUUUGGAUUCAUUACUGCACUGGGUGGUCUUCUGAUUAUUCAUUCUAGUUACAUCAGUAUAACUAGUUUCUUCUACUUAAUGGUAUCCUGGCUUAACGUAACCAUAGCUUUAGCUAUCACAAGCAAACUACGGGGUUGGAAAUCCAAAGAAGAUUUAGUGAGACUUCUUAUUUCUGAUGGUUCAUGUACAGAGGAAAAUAUUCAAAGUUGUAUGCUCACUGAGAUAUUUAGUGGAAGGUUUUUGGAAACAAGAUGUUCAGUUAUCUUUAUAUUUUCUAUAAUGUUUGGAGUAGUUAUGUAUGGGAUGACUAUGUCAUAUAACAUGACUUUAAGACCAGCAUAUGUUUCAGGCAUCAUUGGAACUGUUGCUCUUAGUUCCUCAUAUGUCGGGUAUCCUAUAUUUAUGCCUAAAGAAGUCGGGUAUCAGGUUGUAAAGCCGUUGAGUUUAACGAUUGCAAUGAGAAUUAUAGUGUCAAUAUUGAUAUUUCCUACAACAUCAAGCUUUUUAUAUUUAGAUGGAACUCUGAAGGUCUUGCGUAAUCUGAGAGAAACAAUGAAAAAAAAUACUAGUUUAAUGAAAUCAUUGAGGCCUUCUGCUCCCGGCUUCACAGAUUAUCUGAAGCUUUCUGAAGAAGUCACUGAUUCAAAAAACAAAAUUUCAAUGCUUGAAUUUUUAGCCAGUACGAUUAGAUUCGAAUUUUCUUUCGGAAGACUUGAUGCUGGGGAUAUUGGUGAGCUUAGAGUCCUAUUAAAAAAUUUAAUUACUCUAGGAGCAAACUAUGAAUAUUUUUAUCAACUACUUCAUGAAAGAAAAGAGGUUGUAACAGAAAAUUUUAAAGCUGUUAACCAUAAUCCAAGUGUAUCAUCAUCAAAUUUUGCGGAUUUGCAUGAUCACUCUAAACUUUUCACUGCAUUGAAAGAAUCUUAUAAACCAGUUGGACAAUUUGAAAAUUCACAAAGGAUUCAUCUUUUGAAAGAAAAGAUUAAUUCAUAUAACUCUGAAGAUGGUUUAACCUUGCUGGAUUUAGAUGAUAUAUGCGAUUUUAUAAGUACGCAUUUCAUGUCGAUUUUAGAUGCAAUUAACCUUGGUUUAAUGUCCAUUGAAAAGUGGAUGGAUGCAGCAAAUAAUUUUAGAACGUACUCUAUAAUUUUGCCAGGGAAAUACUCAGAGCAUAAGGAAAGACAAAGAAAGUGUGCUGAUGAUAUUUUGACGGCUAAAGAGAUCUUAGUGGGGGAAAUAGAAAAAUACAAUAGUUUUGAAUUUCUUGAAAACCUCAUGCAUGAUAAAACCAGAAAUGAAGAAGCACUAUUAUGUCUAAUUAGUCAAACAUCGUUGUUCUUAAACUUAUCAAAAGAUUACUGUAGAGGUAUAAUUCGAAUUGUUGAUGUAUUUAUUUCCAUCGAUGAAGUAAGGCUGACUCCAAAAUUUAUAUCAUGGUUUACAACAUUACGAAGAGACAAACCGGAAAAUAUAAAUAGUGUGUUCUCUGUUGGGGACCCUAAUGAAAGCUCGUCUAGUUUCUGGCAAAAUACUGUUUCGUCCCGAGAUGCUGAUGCGUUGCCUCCGUCACAUAUUAAUCAUUUGAUUACUAGAAAAGUUCUUUCUUUAUGUUCAUUAUUAUUGGAUAAACAUUUCUUAUUUUGGGUACGAGUUGCUGGUUAUAUGGUAAUUUCCUUUAUUCCUAAUUUUUGUAGAACAACUGCAGGUUGGUAUUAUGCUAAUAGACUUUUUUGGAUUCCGCUUAUGUGUGCUGUGACGGUUUCUGAAUAUUUGGGUGAAACUAUUUACGGUACGCUGGUUAGGAUUGUUUACCUGUUCAUAGGAGGUGUAAUUGGGAUGGUUGCAUGGUACAUCUCAACUGGUAAUGGUACCGGUAAUUAUUAUGGAUAUGGUGUUGUCACUGGUAUUUUGUAUUUCAUUUUAAGUUACUAUAGACACUUUGCGGUUCAUGAAACUGUUACUCCAUGCAUUUUAUUGUGUGUGACUAUUGUCUUGAUAAUGGGAACAAGUUGGGAAGAUGCAAAAUACCCACAAGAGCUGGUUCUGCUUGGAUAUGGGUUUUCUGCGGCAUGGAAAAGACUAGUUGCUGUUACAAUUGGUGUUGCAUUGAGUUGCUUAAGCAAUUUGUUUCCAAAAGUAAUGACAAGCAAAGUCAUAAUAAGAAAAAUUUUAGCUCAAGCUUUAGAUAAAAUUGGUAACAUUCAUUGUGAUGUUUCACGAUUUGCUUUUAUGCGGAUUAAUAAUCCUAGUCACCAUAUUUUAUUGAGACACGAUCCAAUACUUGAAAAAUACCGUACAGUGCUUAUGAAACUUGCUUCUAUUUCAAAAAUGAUCGGUCCAAUUAAAUAUGAAGUUCCAGUUCGUGGUGCUUGGCCGCAACAGAAAUAUGAGAGGUUACAGACGUUGGUUACUGAUGUCGUUCAAUUAUAUUUAAUGCUCCAUACAGCUUUCAAUGAACUUGAAGAUCCGCAAUGUUGGGGCCCAAUGAUCAUAGAUAGGGUAGGAUGGUCUGAUGUGUCGAUGAAUGCUGAUGUGUUUUCAAUCCUUCGUAUGGCCUCAGCUUCACUUAAAUUAAAAAUUGCGUUACCAAAAAUUACUCAAGCCAAUCUUUCAUUGAAACAUCUAGAUUUACUUCGUUCCCAGUGGGGACUAGAAAGGAUAUCUUUAAGUGAAAGAUUCUAUGGCCAGGAAUCAUCUGAAACAGAGAAAGAAAAUAUAGAAGGUGAUAGCUUACAUAAAUCUAUUCUGAAAAACUUAGAUUACAGCAAAUUGUUCAGUAGUGAUGGACAGUAUAAUAUUAUUGCUUUGCUAUAUGCUCAUAUGAUUUACAAACGUCUUGAUCAGAUAAUAAUUAUAAUUAAGUCCUUGGUUGGUGAAGUAUAUGACUAUGAACUUUCCAUAUUAAGUGAUGAAUAUCAAAGCUUGGUGUCUCAUAUAUAG